AUGCCCUCACCAUCACCAGUGUCUCACUCAUGCGAGUGGUGUCGCAGGCUCCUCGUUAUCCACGCCGAAGCCGAUAUCCCGCAUCAGAACCGGGGCGACAGACACGACGCCAGGUGGAACAAGAUCGUAUUCGACACCAGUCUCACAGAUCUUCUCACAGCCCAGCAGAAAACAUGUGCCUUUAUAGACUGGAUACUCGACGGAGAGUGCAUCGCACGACCAGACGUUGGCGAAUGCGUCGACAACAUAUCCGGCGAGGUCUACCAGAUGGACCUCGAAGAGCUCGAGCAGUUCCACGGCCAGAUUGACAAGGACCCGAACUACAGGCUUCCUUCCAUUCGCCACGCCGUCCAGGGCCGCAGCGACGGGUACGUCGACUAUGUACUCGUAGCUGAGACGAACCCCCCAUUCCGUAUGGGUGGUGACCACACUCCAGACGUCCUGACUAUAGAAUUCUUUGGGCUUUGGGACCCGCGCACAAAGCUCGUCUCGUAUAGGACGGUCAAGGGUCUGCAGAUAUGUACGCCUCAUGAUAACCCGGCAGCCAGAGACUUCUGGACGCGGCCGAUACAGAAUGAUCCUGCGUGUUGUCUGCCUGCAGUGAAGUCAUGGCUGGCAGAUUGCGAGGAUAAGCACGAAAGGUGUCGGGAGCUGAAGACGCAGUCUGGGCCGUCGGCACUCAGGCCUAUUAGGCUGAUUUAUAUUGAUCACAACUCUAGAGCAGGGAGCUAUUCGCUGCGGUUGCGAGAUACGGCGAAUCUAAAUCCUCUACCUAGAUUCGCAGCUUUGAGCUAUUGCUGGGGCGGCAACCAGACGGUGAAAUGCGAGACGGCUACGCUAGAGGCAUUCACAAAGGAUAUUUCCUUUGAAAAACUGCCUCGGACGAUACAGGACGCCGUCAAAGUCUGCUCGCAGCUCGGAGUUGAGUAUGUCUGGGUCGAUGCUCUCUGCAUCAUUCAAGAUGAAGGCAACGACGAAAAGAUUUUGGAAAUCGCCAAGAUGCCGUACAUCUACGGUCAAGCGUCCUUCACCAUUAUGGCAUCCAGAGCCAAGACUGCGUGGGAAGGGUUUCUCCAGAACAGAGAGUGUUUCAAAGAGUCUGGUCAAGCAUUUCUUCUCUCCUGGCAGUCCGAAAAGGGCGAACUGGGAUCGAUUACCUUGGUCGAGAUGGAGACAGGGCACGAACCUAUUGACGAGCGGGGGUGGACUUUUCAAGAACGUCUUUUAUCUGUCAGGAUCGUCGAGUUCGGGUCCCGGCAAACUAGAUGGAGC